AUGGUGAGGUUCAGCGUUUCUGAAGAAGGCCAUUCGUAUCGGUAUAAUAGAAACAAGAAAGUUUUCAGAUCGAAAGUCAAGAAGCGUGUUCUGAAAGAUUUCCUACAUAAGAAGUCAUCGGAUCCAUGUCCACCUGUCGCAUGUGACCAAGAAUUUAUUCCUGAGGAAUGCCGGAUGAAGACGUAUUUCUUUAAAAAUGGUUACAAAUGUCAAGGUUGUGACAAUAAUAAAUGUCCAAAGAAAAUUAAGGAAUUAAAACGUUUGGUGAAAAAAGAACAAGUACAUUCAAUAAAAAAACAGAAACAUAUUAAACCAAUUCUACCGAAAACAGUCAAAGUUGUUGAAAUCCAUAGGGAAAAAGAGAAAAGAAGACCUUCUAUCCGAGAUCAUUUUCCAGAUAUGUCAGUUCGAACGCCUUUUGAUGAUAUUCACCGUUCAGGUUCGUCAGUUGGAUUACCAGCAGAUAGUGUCGGACCAAACGAUAACCCAGUUGCUCCACCUGUUGCCCGACCAGUUUCUCCACUACCUGCUGCACGACCAGAUUCUCCGCCACCUGCUGCACGACCAGAUUUCCCGCCACCUGCUGCACGACCAGAUUUCCCGCCACCUGCUGCACUACCAGUUUCUCCACCACCUGCUGCACUACCAGUUUCACCGCCGGUUCAACCAAUUAUUACAUCCGACGUUGGACAACAAAGAAGAGAUCCUCUUACAGUUCUUGAUGCGCCUCCAUCUGACAACGAAUUCGUCAACAGAGUUAGAUUUGAUAGCAGCAAUGCAAACUUAUUACAACCACCUGCAGAUGCUAGUUUAACUGAAAAUAUUCAAAAUCCAUUCAUAAAUCAAAAUACAAUGCAGAAUCCGUUUUUACAAAACAUGCCAGCACCAUUACAAGGUCAGCAAAAUAAUAACCUUUGGCCUCAAUCUCAAGGUUUUAUGCCUCAAAAUUUACAAGGUGGAGGCCAAUCUCCUGAAAUGCAAUUGCUUCAAAAUCAGCAGAUAUUGGACCAACUCAGAGGACAACAAGCUGCAUUAGAAUUUCAAAUACAACAAUUAAGAGGUCAACAGCAAGCGCCAACAUUUGGACAAUUCCAAAUGCCUCAGUUUCCUAUUGGUGGAAUACCGCAGACUCAACAAGGUUUACCUAACAAUGGGAUUUCUCAAAAUUUUCAAGGUUUUCCAGCUAAUGGAGUAAAUCCAAAUCUACCGGGACAAGGAUUCCCGGGGUUUGUACCACAAGGAUUCCCAGGUUUUGGACAAAACACAAAUCCUUUUAUGGCUGGAAUGCAACAACCAGCAUCAAACCAAAACUUAGGACUUAACCCAAAUGGCCAAAUAUCUCAGUUUCUAAACCAGUUGCCUCCAGUUCCAGGUAUAAAUUCUAACUUUCAAGGUCAAGUGCCUUUGAAUGGCAACUUUCAAGGCCAAGUACCUUUAAAUGGAAAUUUUCCAGGUCAAGCUCCUUUAAAUGGAAACUUUCUAGGACCUACAUUAACCGCCGCUAACCCAUUGGCAUCUGUCCAAGGAUUUGCGAAUCAAGGCCAAAGCAAUGUGCAAACAUCAAAUACUGGUGGUUUUGUUGAUCCCGUUACAAACCAAGCUUUACCGGCUAGCUCUAAUAGUUUACAUGGUCCCGUUACUCAACAGUAA